AACAAUAUGAUUUACAACCAGAAAUGCUCAUAGACAUCUCCUCAUUUCUUAGGGUCAUCCUAAAGAGGAACACCCUGAAUCAGCCAUGGCAAGUGAAGAAGAAGAAGAAGAAGAAGAAGAAGAAGAAGAGGAGGAGGACGAGGACGAGGAGGAGGAGGAGGAGGAGGAACAUGAAGAAGAUGAUGAUGAGGAGGAGGAAGAGGCGAAGCCCUUGAAAUCCCCUCCCUGCCCUCCAUCUCAGCCAGUGCUCAUAGGAAGCUGCUCCGGUUUCAUUGAGACCACCGUCAAGAUUAAACAGAACGACAUGUUGCCUGGACCAAAGUUGGAGUUGGAUGGGAAGGUGGGCUGUGUCCACAUGCUGCUGUCUCCAGAUCAAAUAAUCCAUCUGACAGACCUGCUGGCGGCCCUCUGCAUAGACACGGAGGACGAGACUAAGUGUGGCGGAGCACUCAGUCGUCCGUUGGACUCAGACGACCUGCGUAUGAUUGAGGAGGACCUCAGUAAACAGCUGGGCUCCAGUCCCAGAGACCGGGAGUGGGAAACCGAGGCCGACCUGGAGCCCUUCAUCUCCGGCCUGGCGAAUGGAGGUAUCUCAGACAUGUUUUUCUCGAUGGGUCCUGUUGGAAUGACCAGUAGCGCGACGUCUGUGCGCUCCGGCAGCGAGUUGUCAGACAGUGAUAUGGAGUCGUCCACACACAGUCUGGCCAGCUUCACACAGCCUGCAUCUUUGUCUGCACAGGGCAUGGUGAACUGUCCCAGGAGGUAUCCUGUAGCAGGCAGUCUGUCGAGUCUACCCCAGGCAAGCGGCCGGACCAGAGGACGUUCACACAGUGGCCAGGCAGAGCAGCUGAAGCCUGAUGCUUUGUUGCGUCUGAGUCUUGGCGGGUUCACCCUAACCCUCCUGCAGGAGGACCCGCCCUUUAAGCCUGAUGGAGCCUCCUCAUUGGCUCAGGUGUUCUUCCGGGAGCUGGCCUUCUUCAAGGACAGCAUGUUUAGUGAGCGAGACUUUCACCAUCUGAGAGGCGGUUUUGCCAAGGCCUGCACACACUCCAACCUCAGAGUGACCGGAGCAGCAGUGCAGGUUGCUUGUGAGAUGCGCAGCGGAAGGCACCACAGUCGGGCCGUGACCUCUGACCUUUCCUUCAGCAGACUGGAACUGUUGGAGUGCCUCUGGGAUGACGGAAAGCCUCAGUACAGUGAGUUGCUUCAGUUCCAGAAAGCUGGUCUGUUCACAGUUGGAGCUGCAGCCAGACCAUGUGCCCAACUACACUACAGCCUCACCGAAAAACACCUGCGGAAAGGUAAACAGCGGGUGGUGCGGCGGGACAGCGUAGUGCGGGUGGAGCUGGCAGAGCUGAGCGCUGAGCUGGACCUGGACAUCCUCAGUCGCCUGGGGAACCUGAGCAAAGCCUUCAGCCACUGUCCCACACAGACUGCUGGACCUGGACUCAUGCAGACCCAGAGCAGCGAGCUGUACUCCUCCUUCACCCUCCUCUCUCCCCACGCCAUCCUCAGGCUUCGCUUCCCCAUACCUGACCUGCGGCCCCUCCCUCAGCGCCGACCUCCGACCCAGAGGGCGGUGCGGCAGGAGACCCUGGUGCUCGAGCUGAGUCAGCUGGAGCUGAAGCACCAGGAGGCCCCGGACCUCCAGAGCGAGCAGACUGCUCCAGGACAGCCGUGGGCUCCUUGUCUCACCCAGCUGCUGGAGGCCUCCUUCACCGACCUGCAUGGGUCAUAUGAGGGCUGGGAGGGUGGCUCUUUCCCCUGUAUCAGAGUAAAGAAGAACCGCGACUCUCUGCCGAGGCUAUCAGUGUGUGUGCGUGGAGGUGAGACUCAGGGCCCGGCUGCAGGUCUGGAUGCAGGUCUCAUCAGGGACCUGGGGGCCGCUUUCUUUGAAAGUCACUGUGAACUCAACGACAAAACCAGCUCACCGUUCUCCUCCAACCGCACCAUGUUUGAGACUGAGGAGAUGGUGAUUCCAGCCGACCCAGAGGAGAUGCGUCAGUUUCAGGGGCAGUGUGUCGCUCAGUGUCAGUGUGCGGUGGACAUCAACCUGCCGCUGGCCUACAUCCUCCUUCCCAGCAAACAAGCCUUCCAGAGCUUCUACAACAGGAUCAAUAAUGAUCUGUUGAUGUGGGAGCCUCCUCCCCGCUCAGCCCACAUCCCCGACCACAGCCGCCAUCACCACGACGAGUUCCAGCUCUGCAAAUCAGCCUUUAGACUAGACUCUGAUUCAGAAGAGGACGAGCCUCACUUCUACUUGGCCAGUGAAUCAUCUGGAAAGACACAGCAGUCAGCUCCCCGCCCCAACCACAACCUCAGCCUCCUCUCCCUCACUGUGAUUAUCGGCAAAGGCCGCCUCCAAGCCAGAACAGACAAGAAGGAGGACCAGAGUCAUGGGGAAAUUGUGCUCGACCUGGAAGGGGGAAAGAUAUUCAGUGUGGCACAGCACCAGAACGACCCCAAUCUCAAUUUCCUGUGUAUAGAGAGCAGACGAGUGGAGCUCUACCAUCGAGCGGUAGUGAAAGACACCCCCAUCCCACAGCGGUUGGAGAUGCCCAACUUCACUCCCCCAAAGCACUUGGACCCUACCAUCUACCCUACAGAGGUGGGUGUGAGCAGUGUGAGCGGCAAGGAGGUGGAUCUACAGAUGUUGUCCACAGCCAUUAAAAUCACACUGGACCCACAGAGGAGUGUGAAGGAGUUCCUAGUUGCCCUUCGACUUCAAGGUGCCACCAUGCGACAUUACGUGACGCAGACUAAUCACAGCUGGCAUGAGCAGCUGGUUGACUUCCUGGAUGUGAUUGAUGAUCCCAUUCUGGGAUACACAGCACCUGCCGUCAUCACUGUCCUCCACACACACCUCGCUACCUGUGCUGUGGACUACAGGCCUCUGUAUCUGCCACUACGCGCGGUGUUCACAGCAGAGUCCUUCUCUCUGUCUAGUAAUAUCAUCGUAGACACCGCCACCUUCCACCUCAGAUUCAUCUUGGAUGACUCGGCUCUCUACCUCUCUGACAAAUGUGAGACCGACACCGUGGACUUGAGGAAAGACUAUGUGUGUGUUCUGGACAUUGACCUGCUGGAGCUCGCCAUCACCACAUGGAAAGGCAGCGAUACGGGCAAGCUGUCUCAGCCUCUCUUUGAGCUCCGUUGCUCCAACAAUGUGGUUCACCUUCAUACCUGUGCAGAUUCCUGCGCCACCCUGGUUAACCUGCUGCAGUACCUGGUCUCUCAGGGCGACCUGCACCCCCCACCGCGACACACCUCACCCACUGAAAUCGCUGGCCAGAAAUUACCACUGUCAGAAAGUCCUGCCUCGGUGCUGCCCUGCCCUCCAGCUGAGACCGCUGAGAUCAACCAGUACGACCUGGCUGAUGCCUUAAUUGACACAGAGAAGAGCCAGCGGGAAGAUCCAGGUUCACCUUCCACGCAGAGAGGCUCGCCUGUCUCUGUCUAUUUGUUCCCCGGUGAAGCUUCGAAGCGCCUCCCCUCCGUGCUGCUGGGUGAGGACUCUGAGCUUGACGGACUGGUUGCCACAGCAGUGGAGGCACAGGCAGAUAUGGUGUCAGACGAAGGCUCCGAGGGCUCCACCGACAACGAUGACUUUUGCAUCUUGGAGGCUCCCGGGAUGGGCAUUCCCCCCAGGGACGGGGAGCCCGUGGUGACGGUGUUGUCUCAGGGCCCCAUCAGGGUGAAGGAGAGUCACUUCUCCAGGCCUCGAGGCAGCUCGGACCUGCUCAGAGCCCCCGGCCGCUUCCCAGUGCCCCAGAGCAGGGUGGUUCUGCGGGAGAUCUCUGUGGUCUGGCAUCUCUACGGGGGCAAGGACUUUGGCGGCAAGCCCAUGUCCAUACAUGCCCAGCAAACAAACAGAGGUCGUUCCGUCCCUGCUGGUGUUCGUGGGUCCCCAUCUCGCUCCGCCGCUCCUUCUCGUCCCCAGAACUCCUGGCGCUGGGCUGGAGGCAGCGGGCGCCAGCACACACUGCUGAUGGAGAUCCAGCUAAGCAAGGUAUACU